AGUUUCUGCUUUAGUAUCAGACAUCUCCUUCCUCUCACACUCUCACACACUCUCACACUCUCUCUGCUCUGGACCUGAACCGCUUUAAGGGAGACUGAAGGACUUUCCUCUUUUAACGGACUCUGAAGGGACCUUUUGCGCCGAGCAGGAUUACCUCUUGUUGGGACUUUAUUCCUGGGAUUUAAACAAGCAUCCUCUCGCGCUGGGGACCCUCUUUUCUAUCCUGGAUUUUGUGGAUUAUUUUACCGACUUCAACAUGACUCUGGAAGAGGUCAUCGGUUCCAACAGCACCGAGAAAAAGAUGGAGACGGUGAGUCAGGCCCUGGAGGAGCUGCUGGUCGCGGCUCAGCGGCAGGACUGCCUCACGGUGGGGGUCUACGAGUCCGCCAAACUCAUGAAUGUAGACCCGGACAGCGUCGUCCUGUGCGUCCUCGCCACCGAUGAGGAGGAUGAAGGCGACAUCGCGCUGCAGAUCCACUUCACGCUGCUGCAGGCCUUCUGCUGCGACAACGACAUCAACAUCCUGCGCGUGUCCGGCCUGCGGCGGCUCGCCCCGCUGCUCGGGGGGGAGCCCGACACCGGGGACAGCACCGGCACCGGUGGCACCGAGCCCCGGGACAUGCACUGCAUCCUGGUCACUAACCCUCCGGUGCAGCCGCUGCAGUCCCCGGCGCUGCAGAACAUCAGCAGCUUCUGCGAGGAGAGCCGCUGCAGGAACCAGUGGGUGCCCUGGCUGGAGAUGCAGGACCGCUGAGCCCGAGACGGGCCGAGCCGAGCCAGACCGCUGUACGCAGCGGUGAGAAAAGAGUGCAAAACAGUCCAAAAACAGCCGCGCUUCUGCUUCUGCCGAAGACCGAUAACGGCGUUUGAGUGGACAAGGGGGACCGGAAACCGGGCCUUCCUGCUGCUGCCUGAUCGGGGCGGUUGAUUGAUUUGGGGGGCGGGGGCAAACGGCGUGAGAUGCCGGUACCGGGACCGGAACGGGUUCUGCAGGCCGGCGGACAGCGCCGGCGGGAAGCAGAGAGACUUUGUGAAUGAACUGCAGGUGAUCUGCUCACCUGAGCGACGUCACAGGACGCGCGGCGUCACGGUUUAUCGUUUCCUUUCUUCAGCAAGUGGACUCUGCAGAUGUUUCUAGACCUCCCGGCGCUGAUCCAGGAGGAACUGGUCCUCUGCUCGGGGGUGGAGACGGUUUAACAGUCUGAUGAGUUUUUAUUUAAAAUGUCAUGAAUUUGUUUUCAAAUCUGCGUCCGCGGAUAAACGUGUUGUGUUUUAGGGACAACCGAGUUAGGCUACACACUGAAGUGAACAGGGGGGUAUUUAAAGGACCAGAGUAUUUUUAAUAUAUGAACUGUGAAUCUGCCUGUUUUAUUUAACCUGAUGAAUAAAUUAUUGAAGGAGAAA